AUGAGACCUAUCGAUAUUAACCCCGCGAUCGCCGAUAAACUUUUAAAUACGGUAUAUAACAACGUAAAAAUUGCGGCAUUCGCAAAAUUCAAAGUAGGCGAUCCGGUACGCGUGAGUAAAUGCAAGACCAUCUUUAACAAUGGUUACACGCCAAAUUGGACGACUGAAAUGUUUAAGAUCGUUAAAGUACAGAAAACUAAUCCCACGACCUAUGUACUCGAAGAUUCGCGCAGAAAUCCCGUCGCCGGUGGAUUUUACGAAUACGAGUUACAUCACGUUGCUAAUCCCGACGUACAUCUUGUGGAAAAGGUGAUAAGGUGA